GACUGGGAAGAAUAUAUUGCAAAAAAUUUUGAAAUCGACGAAGAGUACAACAACCGUCUGGAGGAAACGUACUCCAAUGAAGAGUCCAGCAACCUUGAUCUGGAGGAUACGUCCUCCAACGUAGAGUCCAGCAACCUUGAUCUGGAGGAUACGUCCUCCAACGUAGAGUCCAGCAACCUUGAUCUGGAGGAUACGUCCUCCAACGUAGAGUCCAGCAGCCUUGAUCUGGAGGAUACGCACUCCAACGAAGAGUCCUGCAACCUUGAUCUGGUGGAAACGUACUCCAACGUAGAGUCCAGCAACCUUGAUCUGGAGGAUACGCACUCCAACGAAGAGUCCAGCAACCUUGAUCAGGUGGAAACGUCCUCCAACGUAGAGUCCAGCAACAUUGAACUGGAGGCAACGUACUCCAACGUAGAGUCCAGCAGCCUUGAUCUGGAGGAUACGCACUCCAACGUAGAGUCCAGCAACCUUGAUCAAGUGGAAACGUACUCCAACGUAGAGUCCAGCAACAUUGAACUGGAGGCAACGUACGCCAACGUAGAGUCCAGCAGCCUUGAUCUGGAGGAUACGCACUCCAACGUAGAGUCCAGCAACCUUGAUCUCGUGGAAACGUCCUCCAACGAAGAGUCCAACAACAUUGAACUGGAGGCAACGUACGCCAACGUAGAGUCCAGCAGCCUUGAUCUGGAGGAUACGCACUCCAACGUAGAGUCCAGCAACCUUGAUCUGGUGGAAACGUCCUCCAACGAAGAGACCAGCAACAUUGAACUGGAGGCAACGUACUCCAACGUAGAGUCCAGCAGCCUUGAUCUGGAGGAUACGAACUCCAACGUAGAGUCCAGCAACCUUGAUCUAGUGGAAACGUACUCCAACGAAGAGUCCAGCAACCUUGAUCUGGUGGAAACGUACUCCAACGUAGAGUCCAGCAGCCUUGAUCUGGAGGAUACGUCCUCCAACGUAGAGUCCAGCAACCUUGAUCUGGUGGAAACGUCCUCCAACGAAGAGACCAUCAACAUUGAACUGGAGGCAACGUACUCCAACGUAGAGUCCAGCAGCCUUGAUCUGGAGGAUACGAACUCCAACGUAGAGUCCAGCAACCUUGAUCUAGUGGAAACGUACUCCAACGAAGAGUCCAGCAACCUUGAUCUGGUGGAAACGUACUCCAACGUAGAGUCCAGCAACGACGAUAAUGAAGAACCUUGGCAGCUUAAAAAGUAUUAUGCCCUAGAUAAUCCUAGAUUCGUUACUGAUACAGCAGUGCGCUUGGAACCCCCCGAAAUCUACGAUAACCAAGGUGAGUGGCUACUGCACGCUCCGGUACUCUUCGGCCCAGUGUUCGGCGAAGACGGUUCUAUAUUCCACAUGAGCAGGGACAGAAAGUCUAGCGACGAUGAUGAAGACAAAUGGAACACCUUCCAAUCUCCCAUACUCUCCCCACCUCUCAUCCCAUCCCUAGUGUGUAACGCACAGGUGUGUAACGCUCAGCUGUUUGGUGAUAUGUCUAAUAGUAUUGAGCCUAAGUGGACACGAGGCCAAAAAGAUACAGACUGGGAAGAAUAUAUUGCUAAAAAUUUUGAAAUCGACGAAGAGUACAACAACCGUCUGGAGGAAACGUACUCCAAUGAAGAGUCCAGCAACCUUGAUCUGGAGGAUACGUCCUCCAACGUAGAGUCCAGCAACCUUGAUCUGGAGGAUACGUCCUCCAACGUAGAGUCCAGCAACCUUGAUCUGGAGGAUACGUCCUCCAACGUAGAGUCCAGCAGCCUUGAUCUGGAGGAUACGCACUCCAACGAAGAGUCCUGCAACCUUGAUCUGGUGGAAACGUACUCCAACGUAGAGUCCAGCAACCUUGAUCUGGAGGAUACGCACUCCAACGUAGAGUCCAGCAACCUUGAUCAGGUGGAAACGUCCUCCAACGUAGAGUCCAGCAACAUUGAACUGGAGGCAACGUACUCCAACGUAGAGUCCAGCAGCCUUGAUCUGGAGGAUACGCACUCCAACGUAGAGUCCAGCAACCUUGAUCAAGUGGAAACGUCCUCCAACGUAGAGUCCAGCAACAUUGAACUGGAGGCAACGUACUCCAACGUAGAGUCCAGCAGCCUUGAUCUGGAGGAUACGCACUCCAACGUAGAGUCCAGCAACCUUGAUCAAGAGGAAACGUACUCCAACGAAGAGUCCAGCAACCUUGAUCUGGAGGAUACGUCCUCCAACGUAGAGUCCAGCAACCUUGAUCUGGAGGAUACGUCCUCCAACGUAGAGUCCAGCAGCCUUGAUCUGGAGGAUACGCACUCCAACGAAGAGUCCAGCAACCUUGAUCUGGUGGAAACGUACGCCAACGUAGAGUCCAGCAGCCUUGAUCUGGAGGAUACGCACUCCAACGUAGAGUCCAGCAACCUUGAUCUCGUGGAAACGUCCUCCAACGAAGAGUCCAGCAACAUUGAACUGGAGGCAACGUACGCCAACGUAGAGUCCAGCAGCCUUGAUCUGGAGGAUACGCACUCCAACGUAGAGUCCAGCAACCUUGAUCUGGUGGAAACGUCCUCCAACGAAGAGACCAGCAACAUUGAACUGGAGGCAACGUACUCCAACGUAGAGUCCAGCAGCCUUGAUCUGGAGGAUACGAACUCCAACGUAGAGUCCAGCAACCUUGAUCUAGUGGAAACGUACUCCAACGAAGAGUCCAGCAACCUUGAUCUGGUGGAAACGUACUCCAACGUAGAGUCCAGCAGCCUUGAUCUGGAGGAUACGUCCUCCAACGUAGAGUCCAGCAACCUUGAUCUGGUGGAAACGUCCUCCAACGAAGAGACCAUCAACAUUGAACUGGAGGCAACGUACUCCAACGUAGAGUCCAGCAGCCUUGAUCUGGAGGAUACGAACUCCAACGUAGAGUCCAGCAACCUUGAUCUAGUGGAAACGUACUCCAACGAAGAGUCCAGCAACCUUGAUCUGGUGGAAACGUACUCCAACGUAGAGUCCAGCAACGACGAUAAUGAAGAACCUUGGCAGCUUAAAAAGUAUUAUGCCCUAGAUAAUCCUAGAUUCGUUACUGAUACAGCAGUGCGCUUGGAACCCCCCGAAAUCUACGAUAACCAAGGUGAGUGGCUACUGCACGCUCCGGUACUCUUCGGCCCAGUGUUCGGCGAAGACGGUUCUAUAUUCCACAUGAGCAGGGACAGAAAGUCUAGCGACGAUGAUGAAGACAAAUGGAACACCUUCCAAUCUCCCAUACUCUCCCCACCUCUCAUCCCAUCCCUAGUGUGUAACGCACAGGUGUGUAACGCUCAGCUGUUUGGUGAUAUGUCUAAUAGUGUUGAGCCUAAGUGGACACGAGGCCAAAAAGAUACAGACUGGGAAGAAUAUAUUGCAAAAAAUUUUGAAAUCGACGAAGAGUACAACAACCGUCUGGAGGAAACGUACUCCAAUGAAGAGUCCAGCAACCUUGAUCUGGAGGAUACGUCCUCCAACGUAGAGUCCAGCAACCUUGAUCUGGAGGAUACGUCCUCCAACGUAGAGUCCAGCAACCUUGAUCUGGAGGAUACGUCCUCCAACGUAGAGUCCAGCAGCCUUGAUCUGGAGGAUACGCACUCCAACGAAGAGUCCUGCAACCUUGAUCUGGUGGAAACGUACUCCAACGUAGAGUCCAGCAACCUUGAUCUGGAGGAUACGCACUCCAACGUAGAGUCCAGCAACCUUGAUCUCGUGGAAACGUCCUCCAACGAAGAGUCCAGCAACAUUGAACUGGAGGCAACGUACGCCAACGUAGAGUCCAGCAGCCUUGAUCUGGAGGAUACGCACUCCAACGUAGAGUCCAGCAACCUUGAUCUCGUGGAAACGUCCUCCAACGAAGAGUCCAGCAACAUUGAACUGGAGGCAACGUACGCCAACGUAGAGUCCAGCAGCCUUGAUCUGGAGGACACGCACUCCAACGUAGAGUCCAGCAACCUUGAUCUGGUGGAAACGUCCUCCAACGAAGAGACCAGCAACAUUGAACUGGCGGCAACGUACUCCAACGUAGAGUCCAGCAGCCUUGAUCUGGAGGAUACGAACUCCAACGUAGAGUCCAGCAACCUUGAUCUAGUGGAAACGUACUCCAACGAAGAGUCCAGCAACCUUGAUCUGGUGGAAACGUACUCCAACGUAGAGUCCAGCAGCCUUGAUCUGGAGGAUACGUCCUCCAACGUAGAGUCCAGCAACCUUGAUCUGGUGGAAACGUCCUCCAACGAAGAGACCAGCAACAUUGAACUGGAGGCAACGUACUCCAACGUAGAGUCCAGCAGCCUUGAUCUGGAGGAUACGAACUCCAACGUAGAGUCCAGCAACCUUGAUCUAGUGGAAACGUACUCCAACGAAGAGUCCAGCAACCUUGAUCUGGUGGAAACGUACUCCAACGUAGAGUCCAGCAACGACGAUAAUGAAGAACCUUGGCAGCUUAAAAAGUAUUAUGCCCUAGAUAAUCCUAGAUUCGUUACUGAUACAGCAGUGCGCUUGGAACCCCCCGAAAUCUACGAUAACCAAGGUGAGUGGCUACUGCACGCUCCGGUACUCUUCGGCCCAGUGUUCGGCGAAGACGGUUCUAUAUUCCACAUGAGCAGGGACAGAAAGUCUAGCGACGAUGAUGAAGACAAAUGGAACACCUUCCAAUCUCCCAUACUCUCCCCACCUCUCAUCCCAUCCCUACCGGACAAAGCAAAACCAUGA